CUAAUGUACACGCCCUUGUAAUGUGCGAUCUUUCGUGUUUGGAGUUAUUCAGAUAAACUAAGGAAUACGUAUGGAGAUUGAAUAUUGCCCCAGCGGUUCCAGUGGUAUGAACAUCUGCAACCUUCUAGCCAUGGUUCCAUGUCCUCCCCCAGACAUUGGUGACAGCUUUUACACCCACCUUGAAUCACGAAAUCAAACAUCGAAGGUUGUGGAAUAUAUCGCAGAUUACUGUGAGGUCCCCGAGCAAACAUCCACUACACAUUACACGACACCAACGACAACAUCUACAAUAGAGUCUAGCACAGCAUUUACAAACCACCAAACGGCAAACGAACAUUCGACCCAUCACACGCAAACAACCUUUACAUCGGGAACAACAUAUUUAACCAAACUAUCAUCUACUGAAUCAACGACCGGAACCAAAAUAUCAUCUACUGAAUCAACGACCGGAACAGUGCCGUUUUAUGGAGACAACGUCUCAACUAGUGGCAUACAAGGGAUCGCAAUAGGGCUCGUUCUAUUUAUUUUUGUUGGCAUUGCUUUAGCGUUGCUUGCGGUCUACUACAGAAGACAGUUGACUGUAUUUUUCAAAAGGAACCGGAAAAAUAAAGGCAGUGAACUGAAGUCGCUAAAGCAAAGGAUAAAGGAUGUUUUUACAGCUUCAUUAACAACCCGUAUAGCUAGUUACUCUGUGAACCGUACACGUGAUCCCGUUCGUUUUCAUAACAAGUUGUUCGAUCACGGCGACUGCGUGGAAGACACUCAUAGUACCCUUUACUACGAGAACACUGUGACUAUGAGUGGGACGACAGAUGGCGAGUACCUCGCAGUUGAAAACUUUUGUAUACCAUCUAAGGAAGAGAUCAACAACUUCAAUCCCGUUGAAAAUUGUGGCAUUUUUUGGCGUGAAAAAGAGUUUAUCACACUGAGCACCAAAAUCAACAGCGACCAGUCUGGCGAUGCGAGAAGUAAUUCAUAUGAUGAACCUGACUCUGAUGAGGAAUAUGAUAAACAACUACAAAGAUAUAGUGAACUGAUGUGACAACCCGCAUACAUAUAUGUUUAAGCUAUAAAUGAAAAACUAUGUCGAUAGGUAUUGCGAUGAAGACAGAAAACCAUGCGGUACGAUUUGUUACUUAAUCGUAUGGGCUGAGUUAGUACUGGGCUAAAUUACGUCUACUAAAUUCCAGCUCCACCUCUUAUCGGUGGUGCAUAAAAGAGGCUGUUUAUUGUCAACACUUCCGUGGUGCAGCAUUUUUACACCGGUCAAGCUAAUACCGUAACAUGCUUUAAAACUUUCUUAGAAGGUGUUUUCAACUUAAUGAUGGGUGAAAUAAUUAAUGCCCAUUUGCAUGAGAGUCCGUUUUCGUUUUGAAUAACGUGUCUACCAAGGCGUCUUUUGCCUAUUGAGCAGUCAAUGAAACACUUUGCAAGGUUUCGUGGUUAAAAUUAUUCAAAGUAAACUUCUUCUUUUUUUUCAUUUUUAGACACUAAACUUAAUCAGAUCUCAACAGUAUGUAUUGGAGAUAUAUUGACAGGCCUUCGAAGACGAUACCAAGGUAUGUUUUUGGAUAGGAUAUACAAGGCAAAUCACAUAUCUUAAUGAACUUGGAGGGCUUGUCACAAAGACUUUGUAUAUUUCUCGCUCCAUGUUUAUGACUUAGACAAACAGUUCUGAUGUACACUAGUCUCACAUACAGAUACGUUUUAGAAGUCAAAAUCUUAGUUAUACUUUUGGUGCAAAUCAUAACUUUUUAUUGGAACGUUGGGAUACCCCGUACAUCCCAACUCACCAGAUUUAACUCGUGGUCUACAAGAGGAAGUUUUAUGGUUAAAAUUCACCAGCACGCACCCGACUGUUUUCAAAAUUGGUCUCAUUUUGGUUUGUGUUUCACAUAGCCUAUCGUUUCCGAAACAGAUAAGCCAAACAUAAAUUUAAACAAUGCAUGGUAAAAUGGCACCACAUUGAUUUCCUUCCAAAUGCUUAAAAUCGCACCCAACAGCGCCACCACUACUCCUAAGCGUCACCACUUUUAUAAAAUAUGUGCAUAUUUCCUGUUAAAGAAGAGUUCGAAAGUUUUGAUGUGUACCGGCGUAAGAACUUCACAUAAAAGUUUUAUUUUCAUACGCCUGAAUGUUCUUUACGGUGUUUCUAUGCACCAAAAUGUAGUUGAAAUGCUAGCAAAAAUCUCCUUGCGCUACAAUUCGUACUACAUGCAUAUUGAAACGGAAUCGUAGCCAACCUGUAGUAACAGUAUUCUGACACAUUACAACAUUCUCCGACUUCAGAAAUACCUCCAUAUGACAUUCGGAGCUCCUCGGCCAUUAUUUUCAAAAACAACCUCGGAUGUAUUUGGACGGUUUACAUACUCAAAAUGUGGUACGUUUAAGUCCGCUGCAAAUAGAUCGCGUAGUAUUCUGAAUUAGUUGUUAAACUUUAUGACUUAACUCUUGGGAAUCUUAAUCAUGUUUGCAAUAAUACACUUCACUGGCAAUCAAUUUAAACUGAGAACAAUGAAUACAACUCUUAAACACUACAUUUAAUUAAUGAUAUUAUUAAAAAAUUUACGGACUACUUCAACUGAUGUACCGGUAUACAUCCGAGGUUGUUUUCGAUAAAAUGGCCGAAGAGUUCCGAAUGCUCCAUAUGUAUGCAACGUAUCUUCAAAUAAACAAAAGGCACUGCUGCUCGACGGAACUAUCGACAUAUCAUAAUUAUGCUUUGCACCACGGAAAAGUGGUGGAGCUGGCGUUUAGUAUGAUUGAAAUGGGCGUGUGAAAGCUUUCGUCGGAGCACGAUGCUUUAUGACGAGGCGUUGUUCUGUCCAAUAUUUCCAUUAAUUUAUUUUCACUGUACUAUUUUCGAGACAUUCCGAUAACAUACUAGUAAACUAACCACGAACAUAAUAAAUCGUUAAACAUUCUAAAAACUUAACGAAUUGUUGCACGUCAUAUAUUUUUUCUAUUUAAAAAUCGUUCCAUGAGUACAUUUUUAGCUUGGUUGUUCUUCGAGGAAAGUAGUCGGGGAACAAUUCAUAUAAAAGUACAUGUUUAUACAUAUUCAAAAUAUAGCUUUGUCAUCUAUCGGUUACACAUUUGUUCAUUUGGAACCACAAAAGUCUUAUGGGUAGCGUUUGUAAUAGCUAGACAUAUAUUGCCUUUUGUAAUUUGAAUAAUAUUUGGAACAAGUUACGAGUUAAAAUUCUCUUCUUAGUUUGCUUAUGUUAGUGUGUUUGAAUAGACAAUGUAAUAAUUUAAACAUGAUAUGCAUGUUCUAUAAAAUAUACAUCUCGUUUAAAAUAAUAAGGAUAAAAGUGUCUAUAAAAAAAUAAUGUCGUCCUUUUUCAAUCUGCAAAACGUGUCUAAAACAAGGACAAUUAGACAACGACUUUUCACAAGAAUGGUCGGUCAGAGGAAAAUAUCUCUCCGGAUUUUAAAGACUGUAAAUACCUACAUUUUGUAUUAUGAAACGCAGAAUUUACAAAUUCAUUUAUUUUUUAAAUAGCACAGUCUGCUACUCUGUUUUAAACAACAAAAUUAAGUCGGCGAUCUAUACACACACCAGAAGCCACGUUCGAACAACAUUAUUUUCGAAAUUCAGUUCAAUACCAUUUAACAUCAGUUUUAAUGGUAACCGUGGUUAGGCACGCUAAUCAUUUGUGUCCAAACUUUAUAGAACGAGUUAUAUAUAUCACAUUUAUGGUAUAUAUUCCACAAUUUAACAAUUUGAAACAUUUUAUUCAAACAUGAUAUAUAUAUUUCCGAAAGUUUGUAUGAACUUUCUCAACAUCUUCAUUAUAAAAUAUUUCUGAAGAAUAACACAGUUUAUGUGCCACUAUGGAGGCAAACAGUUGAAAGGCUUACUUCCAAUGAAAAUAACCAGACUUUUUCUGAAAUGUAGAAAUGAUACACAUUGUCUUCGUAGUCUAUGUGUGCCCCAUUGCACGCCUUUUAAUUACACAUACAAUAUAUUAUAUGUUGUUAUAUUAUGUAUGUUGAUUUCUGUGAACUGCUCGGCUACUUUCUGAAAUAAACGCACCCGUUUUGCAAUGCACUGAAA